UACAAUAUUAUAGUUCCCAUAGCCACAACUAGUGAAGGGAAAGAGAGCAAUGGGGUCUUCCUCAACAACAUUUCUUCUCUUUCUUCUUUCCCUUGCUACUCUUACCCUUUCACAGCUGAAUGAUGUUUAUUUUCAGCACGACUGUAGCGAUACCAGUGGCAAUUACACCGCAAAUAGGCCUUACGAAACCAACCUCAAUACCAUCAUCUCUCGAUUCGCCACUCUUACAGAUUUCAAUUACGGCUUCUUCAAUCUGUCUGCCGGUCAAAGCCCCGACAAAGUUUACUCAAUUGCACUUUGCAGGGGUGACACGAACCAAGACGCUUGCAACACUUGCCUCAACUACACCGCAACCGAGCUCAAGCAAUUUUGUUCCCGGAACAAGGCUGCCACCGCUUGGUCUCAAUUUUGUUUGGUGCGAUACGCCAACCGAGACCUUUACGGGCAGCUGGAGAACGAUCCUCGGACUUGUGCAUUCAACCCCAUGAAUGCAUCCAACCCUGAUCAGUUCAAUCAAACAUUAAAUGAACUAUUGAAUGAGCUGAGCGCCGAAGCCGCAGCUGGUGGCCCUCUCCGCAAGUAUGCAGCUGGCAAUGCAACGGUUGGUAGCUCGCAAACGGUGUAUGCUACGAUGCAGUGUACACCAGAUAUGGACGAGCAAAAUUGUUCCACUUGUCUAAAUUUCGCCAUUAACGAGUAUCAAAGUUGCUGUUCUACAAGGCUUGGAUGCAGGGUUCUUAGACCAAACUGUGUGUUGAGGUUUGAGACUAACCAAUUUUAUAAUCAGACUGCUGUUCCUCUACCGUCGCCUCCACCAUCUCCGACGACAUCCCCAUCCCCAACAGCUUCGUUUUCUCCGACUUCACCUCCGACCUCAAUGGCUUCCCUAGAAUUUCCUGCAUUUGGCUUUGUGUUUGCUCUUUUUCUCACUUUAAGCAGCAUGCUCCUGCUCAAUUGAUAAAAUUUAUGGUUUCCGUUUUUAAUUUUUAUUUUUAAAUAAUUGUAUUCCAUAAUUUAUAUGAAAAAUGAAAAUAAAGAAAAAGCCAUAUAGAGUAAUAUU